UAAUAGCCGCAAACAAAGCGGCGAAGAAAGCUGACAUGCAACUGCAACAAAAACAGCUAUGGUGUCAUCUUCCCAACUACUCUUACUCUCUCUCCCCCUUUCUCUCUCUUACGCCCGCAAAACAAGAUAGCUUCGCCUGUUCUUUGCAUAUUACGUAUAUAAAAUCGUGUUUCCAUCUUCAAGCCAUGGCCGCCGGUAAGGAAAUUUUCCACAAGAUGAAGGAAUCUGUGAAGGAGAAAGUUGGGCUUGGUGCAUUUGAUUCUGCAGAUUCAGGGAAAGGCAAGAGCAAGAUGUCUAAGCAGAUCACGCAUGGUUUCCACUUGGUCAAAGGGAAAGCUUUUCACGAGAUGGAGGAUUACGUGGUCGCCAAAUUCAAAGAAGUUGACGACAACGAGCUUGGCCUUUUCGCUAUCUUCGAUGGCCAUCUUAGCCACGAGAUCCCUGACUAUUUGUGCUCCCAUUUGUUUGACAACAUCUUGAAUGAGCCAAAUUUCUGGCAAGAACCAGAGAAAGCGAUCAAGAAAGCUUAUUAUAUAACGGACACGAAGAUUCUAGACAAGGCAUCUGAUUUGGGGAAAGGCGGUUCAACUGCUGUCACUGCGAUAUUAAUCAAUUGCCAGAAGCUGGUGGUUGCUAACGUUGGCGACUCUCGUGCUGUUCUUAGCAAAGGUGGUGUUGCCAAGCCACUCUCAGUUGAUCACGAGCCCAACAUGGAGAAGGAUGAGAUAGAGAACAGAGGAGGAUUCGUUUCAAACUUCCCUGGGGACGUUCCUAGAGUUGAUGGUCAACUAGCUGUGGCAAGGGCCUUUGGUGAUAAGAGUUUGAAGAUGCAUUUGAGUUCAGAACCAUAUGUUACUGUGGAGAUAAUUGAAGACGAUGCAGAGUUUCUUAUACUAGCAAGUGAUGGGCUUUGGAAGGUCAUGUCGAACCAAGAAGCAGUUGACUCAAUUAAAGGAAUAAAAGAUGCAAAAUCUGCAGCAAAGCACCUCUCAGAGGAGGCUGUUGCAAGAAAAAGCUCAGAUGAUAUCUCAGUGGUCGUCGUUAAAUUUCACUGAGCUCGGUUUAAGAUUCCAUUGAUCAUAAGUCUUACUGGUCACUGAAACAAGUAAAGAGUCUUUGAGUUUGGACCAGCUAAAGAAUCAAAACAUGAAACAAAGCAUGGGCGUUUCCUCCUCUGUAAAAUGCAAUCAUCACCACUUUUAUUUAACUCUUUUUUUUUCUUUUGCAAACUGUGUGACUUCUCUGUCUGUUUCUUUGUGGGAAUAAAAAUCAACAGUUGAGGCUUUC